GAAUGAACGAAAAGUUGAUCAAACUCUGACAACACAGGAGAGCUACCGGUACAGAUACCAACAAACGUUGAAACUCAAUCGGUGUUAUUGCACGCCACUGCAAAUCAACGAUGUCGGAAAAGCAUAAAACAGGARCGAAACCUGAACCUCUUCCAGAAGAGCAGUCGGCACCUAUCGCUACGAUGAUAACAAAGGCAUUUCAAAAUGCUGCUGCCGAUGAAUCCAAGGACGAAGCUAUCAAAGUGGGGUUGUUCUGGGACGAGUGGGCUCGUUGCAUUGGAUCGGGCUAUCAGUGGGAUUCUUUGUAUCGGCACGGCCGUUUAGAUAGCUGUGGGAAACAAUGGAGAGAUCUGAAAUUGGCUGCCGAAGCGAGGCUCACCCAAUGGAGAGAUCCAAAGAGAGCGAAAGAACUACUAGAUUCAACUUACUACCAAAAGCGAACGACAAUUUCACCGACGGCGGGAGCGAUCUGGGAACUCAAGGAACGCCCGGGAUGGGAUUGAUGCAAAACCGAGAUACUCAGACUUUUGGAAAAACAAUCCUAUUAAAUUCUUGGAAUUGAUCCGCUUGAUCGAAGAACAAAUCGCAUUGAUCGCCUUAUUGUUGCCAUUGCUUCCAAUGACUCCAUCAAGACUUUCCCGAACAACAAAUACGGCUAUAUUUGAUUCCCAAGAAUCUCCGUCGUGAUUUCAUGGGACCAGUCAUCAACGUAGAACUUGGUGGUGAGCGUGUUUGGUUUCACCCGGCAACGAUGUCGCAGUUCUCGGUCACUUUUUGGAUUAGAGACAUAUCUUGUAUUGUGUUGUAUUGAAGCUGAGAAAAGACGAGUGGCCUGAAAGACGAAAUACACCCUCAGUCGUCUUAAUUCAUAUCUGAGGAGCAAGAAUGGAACAACAACAAAAACUAGUUGAAAAAGAGRUAUCAAAUAAAUAAAGUGCUCUUGGAAGAGUUGGGUACCUAGUAACAAUUUUUCAAAACAAUUCCAUUCUCGAACCUGCUAUUGAUUGCUCUCUGUUCCAUUUGUGGAGGUAUAAUAAGUAAUGAUUCCCAAAAAUGCAGUAGGCACGGCCGAUCUGUUCCACUUUGUAUGCCAAACAGUAUAACAGCAGAUUUGACUCGAAAAAAGUUCUUUAGAAAUGCCUCACAUUAUUACAUUCGGUAGAAUGUAGAAUGAUAAAAAAUUAAAGAAAAAUGAAUCAGUGAG